GUAAUGCAUCUCGUGUUCCUCGAUUGUCUGUCGUCUCGGCUGUCCUGCAAGUUACUUUCUUCUCUGCAAAGAUUCUCUUUAGUAGUGUUGCACUUGUGCUGUUCUGACUAAACUCCUGUCCGGAACUGGGUGCAUUUGGAUGUUUAUGUUUACUUUGUAUGUUUGUGUUUACUUUGCAUGUUUGUGUUUACUUUUCAUGUUUGUGUUUUACUCGCUACGGUCUAAUAGUUCUACCCAGCCUUGUCCUUCACAAUGGGGUGGACCAUCGCAGUUUCGGGUCGUAACCUUAGUCAGAUGAUAUAUUUAGCUGUACUUGUUUGUUUUCCUGUCCUUCCGUGAUGUCCAUGUUUUGUUGUUGUUCUUAGGCGCUAACAGCAUGCUUCUUAGGAGUGUGAGCAUGCGCUUUACAAAUUUUGUAUUUAUUAUUAUUUAUUAUUAUAUGCAAGUACGUACCGGUGCCAGCAAAAGUCUUGAACUGGGGACAUCUGAACACUGGAACACUGGGGACACUGGAAGACACCUUACUGAGGGUGUCGGGACGAAUAGACUGUUUCCAGAGUAAAUUAUAAACUCUAGCUCUAGCUGAUUCUGUCUAAACAAAUACAAAUCACCGUUGCGGUAUCGCUGCAGGAGGCCCAACGCACAGAUUAAGAGUUUUUAGUUAUUAGCGGGGACAGGCGCUGGAUCCACCUCGUGCCGCACGGUAUAUUAGGUUACACUAAGUGCUGGGGUAGAUAGGACUUGACGGCUGGCUGGAGAGAUUGAAUGGAUGACAUUUACAGUACACGGCGCAAUCACGAGGGACUAUCUACACAUUUAUUUAUACAUACUUCUUUAUUUAGAUUGUAGGGCAAAGUAGUAGGAGGCAAUUAUGUCAAGUCCCGCAAAUUCUGCCUUUCCCCAGACUGCAAGCGCUUCCUGUGUUAGCUAGAAACCAAGGUUGCACUGGCUAGUGAGCAAGAUUACUAACAGCAUCCCAGCAUCGCUCGACACUUUUCUUGUCCAGUGGGUCCACCUACGUCACGGAUUGGAGUCCGUUUGUUUUCUUUUUUCUUUCACGAAGGAGUCCGCAAACAUGGCGGCAUUCAUGCGCCGUCCGAAGUUGUGUUUUAGACACGGUUGUCAGUAAAUGAUUCCUCUGUAACCUGAAAUUUGAUGGAGCAUGAUUCAGAAAGAUUGCACCGUGGCCUCCCUGACCCUUUCGGGGGGCCGUGUGCAGGGCUGUCUUCUGCUGGUCCUGAUCGUCGUGCUGUGGCCUUCCAGUGUCGAGCCCAAGAAGCUUUUCGUGGAUGGCAUCGACACCAGCCUGCUGCAGUUGAAGGAAGUGCUGCACCUAGUAAUGGAAGACGGCAAGUUGUACAACGACUCUCCCAACUUCACCUGGAUCAUCAAGAACAGCAGCUGCCACAAACCACCUAGAGACGAGGCUAUAGAGAAGUACUGUCCCUCGGUGGCGGAGCUGACGGUGGACUUCAACCGCCAGCCUGUCUUCAUCCUGCAGACACGCUGCAAUGAAUGUGGCCCCCAUUGCAAGGAUAGAAACCCCAGACGCAACUCGACGACGGGCCUGUGCCGGGCGCACAGCCAGUACCGCCGCGUGAAGAUCAAAGGGCGCGGCGUCAUGUUCCAGAAAUUCAAGCUCGGGUGCUACUGCGACUACACCAAGCACAACUACAACAACUAGGCGUGACGCAGAGGCUUUGUGUGGCGACAUUCGUUCUGUCCUGGGCGCCGCGUCACUCUACGUCACGUCAUGUCAUGACACACACCCUCUCACGUGAUCAGUCGAGUGGCGGACACAGUGCGAGUGCGCGUGCGCAAGGUGUUACAGGCGGCGGCUCCCUUACACUUUGAGGCGGCCCUAUGGCAGGCAAUUGUAGCUUUUUUUGUUUUCUCCCGUCUGACGCUUGUAAGUGAGCGCUUCCUACUCCACCCUUGUCUCCCUGCCCAACCACACCCCUUACCAGGAAGAACGCGUGCACCCUGAACACUCUGCCACACUGAGGUGGCCGAACACUCCCACACUUGGUAAGAAAUGAACCCCUUACCCUUCGCCUGCAGAGGACUCUCCUUCCGUGGAACUAGGGAGGAACACGAGCUGGGUGUGUACAGUGUCGAGGGCAGGACUGAAUGUCAGGAUAUAGGAUCAAAGGUCACUGCACGGAUGCUAGAUGCCUGACAGACACCAAAAGACUGGAUGUGGAGAACAAGAGGCUGAAACUCAGACACUCGAGGUUAAGAGGAGAGACGGAGAAGUACAGAUGUUACACAGGAGAGUAGAUGAGAGAAGAGUAGAUGAUUGUGAGUUUCGGAUGAUUAAAAGUUAGAUAGCGGCGAUGAAGAGUCCGUGAUAGACGCUGGUAAUAAUUACACGACGCUAAUCAGGAAGGUAGAUAUCGGUGCUAAUAAAGAGACUAGAUGUUGCAAACAGUGAUAAUCAGGAGACUAGACAUUUGACAGUGAUAAUCAAGAGAGUAGAUGUUAGUGGCAAGUAGGAGACAGUGAAAGUCUCACGGUAGAUAUUUUGGUUCUUUGCCGAUUACAGUUUGGCAAACGUUGAUACAAAUGACUGCAAAACUUCUUGCUCACUGUCUCCGGUUCUUCUUUUCAUGUUCGUAAGUUUUCUUGUAGGCUUCAAGCUUGCGACUUCGGCUGUACACGUGUACAGCGCCACCCUUUCUUCGGGAAUUCCCGUUACGCUACCCGGGUAGCAAGCAGUUUCUCUGACCAGUUAACGUUAACCCCUGAUCCCUAUUCCACUGUGCUCAGUUUAUCUGGCGAGUAACAUCGCCACAUCGUGCAUGACAGGGACGAAGCAAAUGUCGUCUGUGCGCACGAGUCACGUGAUACAGACUGUCCGCUUCCGCUGGUCGAAGAUCACGCAUGCGCAGCAGUCCUGGCAAUUCUGUCGCUGCUACUCCGAUCACCACAGAGGUUGAAAAGAGGAGAAACCACCUCAGAGCUGAAGCAUAUUUCUUCGAAACAGCUGAAACAGUACUCCACCCACAGUCGACCAGGGGCGAGAGGAAAAGAGUCGCCAUUAUGAAACGCCCGAAAAUGUUGAUAGACACCGUGGACGCUGAACAAAGGCCGAGCAUUUGUAUGAUGUACAUUACACUCGGUGCAAAAUUGUAAAGAUGGUCACGCUGGAGUGGCACAUCGUUGUGCUAAGUUUUUUUUUAAUUUUUUUUGUUGUUUUGUCAUGAACAUUACAUACAUGAUGUCUGCGAAAAACAGGGUGUCACGUGACUCGCAGAAGAAAUGGCCACGUGCCACGUGCAGUACAAGGCUGUAUUUCUUGCAGGCUGAGGUGUAGAUGCUGGUUUUGUGCUAGAGUGAUUGCAAGAGGGCGCUGGAGUGUAGGUCGAGGUUGCAUCCCGCGGGUCAGAUUCAAAAGUCUGAAAUGCGGUGCUGCAGGUCGUGCCCGCCGGGUGGCAUCCGUAACUGCUCCUAUGUGGGUUAUAGGGGUGCGACUGAAUUCGAGCGCGGGCUGUGUGCGCCCGCGCGUGAGUGCGUAUUCAUGAGUGACUGCAGUGUAUGUGUGCUUGCUUUGUGCAUCCGGAAGAGAGUGCAUGUGGGUGGAGUGUGUACGCGCGAGAGAGUGCAUGUGGGUGUGUUUGUGUGUGUGUGUGUGUGAGAGAGAGUGAAUGGGGUAUGUGGGAAAAGUAGCGUGUCUGCGUAUUAGCGCCUUUGUGCUUGUAAGCAAGUUUGAGUGGAUAUGUGGAUAUUUAUAUAUAUAUACGUGUGUGCACAUGUGAAGAUUUGCAAAUGGCAAUGUCAGUUCAAACAGAAAACUGUUAAUAUUCGUGUACAUAAAAAUAUCGUGACUUUU